AUGGCCCCUGCCUUUGGGGUCAGCACUUUUCUGGUGCUAAAGUUCCUCCUUAGCAUCCCUCCGGCGUCUCUGCUGGGAUGUCAUGGGGCAGCCCCAGCCGAUCCCCCAGGGGGCAGGUACUUGGCAACCUGCCGGACAAAACCACAGCCAGAUGCUUCCUCGCUGUUCUGCUCACUGAAGCAAACACCCGGGCACAAUGUCACCGUGUGGGCGAACAUCGCCUGCUGUGUCACCGACGGCUGCAAGGCCGGGGCCAUCCCAGUGCCAACUGUGAGCUCCGUCCCCAACGGCCGGCAGUGCCUGUCGAUCUUCAAAAUGGGGGCAGAUGGCUGGCAGGAGAAGGAGAAGGAGCUCUUGGCCUGCACCGGCACCGAGGACCAUUGUGUUGAGGAAUCUGGGAUAUUAACACUGGGUGGCAUCACCGCGAUGAAAGCUGUGGCUGGAUGUGGCUCCCCUGGCGCUUGCAUGAAGAGAGUGGGGGAGCGGAAAUACGUCCAGGGCGUGGUGGAGUGGCAGAUCCAGAGCGAGUGCUACCCAGCUCCCAGGGCUGGCGGGGGCAUCGGGGAGCCCCGAGCCCUGGCCUGGUGUCCUCCCCUUCUCCUGAGUGAGUCCCGUCCGUCCCCGGGCACAGGGAGCCGGGUGGUGGGGUCGGGAAUUCACCUGGGGAACAUGCCGCUGUCGAUGGCAGAUUCUGGUGUCAGGAUGGAAUUUGUGG